AUGUCUGCCUCCCCCCCGCAGCCCACUCAGUCGGCGAAACGCCCUCUUGAGGGGGCGUCGUCGCCAUCGCGUGCGACCGAUCAGCCUGACGCUAAGCGUCCUGCCCUCGACAAGGUCUCCAAGGCCGACGACGAAGCCGAGGCUGCAGACACCGCCAUCGAAGUCCCCGCUCAGAGCAGCAACGACAGCUCCAACGGCGCUCAGACGGAGCAGUCCGGCACCGCCGCCCCCGUGCCUGCCACUGCUGCCACCGUUGCUACACCUUCGGUGACCAUCGGCUCCGAGGCAGGUGCCAGCUCUGCCGCAACCAACGACGAGACUGCCUGGAUCCAUAUCCGCGCCGUCAUCUCGAGCCCCGAAGCCGCUACCAUCAUUGGCAAGGGUGGCGAGAAUGUCUCCAACAUCCGAAAGAUGUCGGGUGCUAAGUGCACCGUGAGCGACUACCAGAAAGGAGCCGUCGAGCGCAUCCUGACUGUGAGCGGUAUCGUCGAUGCUGUUGCCAAGGCUUUCGGCCUCAUCAUCCGAACUCUCAACAACGAGCCGCUCAACGAAAAGUCUACCACUGCCUCCAAGACCUAUCCCCUUCGCCUUCUCAUCCCCCACAUCCUCAUUGGAUCUAUCAUUGGCAAGGGUGGUGCUCGGAUCAAGGAGAUUCAGGACGCGUCGGGCGCUCGACUCAACGCCUCAGACUCAUGCCUUCCCAUGUCGAGCGAGCGUUCUCUUGUCGUCAUGGGCGUUGCGGACGCUGUCCAUAUUGCAACCUACUACGUCGGUAGCACCCUGCUCGAGCAGCUCAACGAGCGGUUCGGUGGUCCCGCCGCCUCCGCCUAUGCCACUCGCAGCGGUGCCCCUGUUGGAUCGAUCCCCGGCGGCAUGCAGGUUGUCCCGUACUCUCCCCAGCCGGCCGGCGGCCAGUUUGGUCGCCCCGACAACUACGGCCGUCACCAGGAUCGACGGGCCCCCCAUCACAUGCCGGCCGCCCCCUAUGCGCAGCAGUAUCCGCACGGGGCUGCCCAGCCAAACCCAGCCAUGCCGAUUCACUACGGAGCCCAGACCGCGGCGUACGGCGCUGGUCCUCACGCGCAGCCGCACAUGGCCCAUCACAGCGGGCCGCAGCCGCACGGAGGUCCUCAAGGCCAGCCCAUUCAUGCCGGUAUGCCCGGCGGUCCCAUCACCCAGCAGAUCUACAUCCCCAACGACAUGGUCGGGGCCAUCAUCGGCAAGGGCGGGCAAAAGAUCAACGAGAUCCGACAGCUCAGCGGCAGCGUGAUCAAGAUCAAUGAGCCCCAGGACAGCAGCAACGAACGCCUUGUCACGGUCACUGGAACUGAAGAGUGUAACCGGAUGGCGCUGUACUUGCUGUACUCCCGUCUGGAAUCGGAGAAGCAUCGCAUUUAA